GAGUUAAUCCCGGUAUGGGGGACAUGAAGACUCCAGAUUUUGAUGACCUACUGGCAGCAUUUGACAUUCCUGACAUAGAUGCCAAAGAGGCCAUCCAGUCUGCCCCAGACGAGGCCGAGGGGCCCCAUGGAGCUGCAGGUGCAUCCCUGGGAAAGCCGGACGGUGUGGGGGGCGUUGGGAGUCCCUCGGACCCCCAGGCGGACACCUCAAUUGUUAGUGUGAUUGUGAAGAAUAAAGUCUGUCUUGAUUCUGCGGAUGGAGACGAGGGAGACGCAGACCAGGACCCCAUAGAUGUGAUUGCGGGGGUAGAUGUGGGCCCGAGACUGGGGGCGUGUGCCCCUGGAAUGGCUGAAUCUGAGGCUCUUAACCACAACGGUUUCGGGGCGUCUGGUGUGUCCACGCCGCUCGCCCUGAGCCAGACCCAGUCCAACGGUGCGCCGUGGUCAAUGAACGCCACUAAAGUGUCUUCAGAAGCACCGGCUGCUGGCGCAGCAAAGUCUCACAAGCAGGGCGGGAACAUUUUCAACAGACUUAAGCCGCUUGUGGCGCAGGGGUCUGGAGAUCCGGUGGGCCGGGCCCGGAAGAUGCAGCUGCUGCAGCAGCAACACCAGCAGCAGCAGGAUACAGGUCAAGAGAGGGCAGACGGUGUGAAAGCAUCAUUACCUUCAUCUUCCUCUCUAUCAGCCGGGUCAUCGCCUCUCGCUGCGGGGGGGGCCGUCGGACUGGCCUUGCCUUUCUUUUCCUCUUCCAAGCCUCUGUUUCCCACUCCGCCCUCUGCCCUGACGUCACACACGCUGCACCCAUCACAGCCUUUUAACGGCGCCCCCAAAGGUGGCCCCACCGUAUUUCAGCACCAACAGAUGCAGGAUGAGGAGGAUUCUGACCCUGACUUGGGGAGUCCACUGGUGAUCCAAGAGAGCCCGGACUCGCCGACGUGCCCUCAGCUGAGCCGCCGCUACAAGUCUGACUCCAGGCAGCCCACGUCUUCGGCCGCGUCCCAUCCUAAACCCGGGGACACUCCUUCGGUGCCAUCUCUGACUUCAUCAACCCCCCAGUCCGGCUCAAAAGACAGUCCCCAGCUGGAGGACAGACAUCCAGAACAUGUCAUAGAAGAAAGAGACUCGCCAGAGAGUCCUGAACCAGAGAUGCCAAAAUCAACCGCGCAAGCCGUAGCAAAGAGGUGCUCCAGCCCUGCGUUGGCCUCCACUCCUCCUCAUACUGAACUGCGGGAGCCCAAAGAGGAAGAGGAAGAGAUGGAGGUGGGUAAUGGGAUAGAAAAGGUCCCCGAUGGCAAAGCGGACAAGGGAGAAAAUGGGAGAACAAGUGAGGAGAAGAUGGAGGUAGAUGAUGGCAAGCCUAAAUCUCUGUCCACUGACGGAGGAGAAGCAGGCGUCGCAGCACCCGCGGCCUCCGGAGCUCCGGCCCGGCCGCUGAAAGUCAGGAUAAAAACGAUUAAAACCUCCACGGGCGGAAUCACCAGAACUGUCACCCGGGUAGCUCCUAAAGGCGGUGCUGCAGGUAAAGGUCUGGACCCCAAAACCGGGGAACGCAAGGUGGGCAACAAGGCCCAAAAGCUCGAAGCUUCCCAAGCUCACGUCACAACAACCUCCCAGAAAGUAAGUGCUCUCAAUGCUCUUCCAGUGUCUACACUGGCAGCCAGCAGCGUGAUGCUAGCUGCCGCCACCAAGGUCCAAAACAAAAUGGCUGCAUCCGACAAGGCCAAGGUCUCCGCCACUGCUGUCAGCAUCACUAAAUCGGCCGCCCUGCCCGCGACCCCCGCCGUGACUUCGUCUCCCAAGUUCUCCGUUGCGGCCGGCGGCAUCAGCGUGCGUACGUCCGCGGCCAAGACAGCCAACGGCGGUGGCAGCGCCAUCAUCGGCGGCACCCUGCAGCCAAACAAACCCGCCUCCAUCGUCAACAGCACAGGGGCCGUGAUCUCCCGCAGUCAGUCGAGCCUGGUGGAGGCUUUUAACAAGAUCCUGAACAGCAAGAACCUUUUACCGAGCUACAAGCCUGACCUCUCCGCACCUCCGCCACCCGAGUGGGGUCUCCCUCUCCCGGCCACCGGGUACCGCUGCCUGGAGUGCGGCGACGCCUUCGCCCUGGAGCGCAGCCUGGCUCGACACUAUGACAGGCGAUCGCUCCGCAUCGAGGUCACCUGCAACCACUGUGCGAAGAGGCUGGCUUUCUUCAAUAAGUGCAGCCUGCUGCUGCACGCCAGGGAGCACAAGGAGCGCGGGCUGGUCAUGCAGUGCUCGCACCUGGUCAUGAGGCCCGUCACGGUAGAGCAGAUGAUCGGACAGCAGGAUAUAACACCCAUUGGUGUCUCAUCUCCUUCCACCACGUCUGGGGGCACCGCCGUCUCUGCCGCCUCCUCCCCAAUGAAGGAGGCCUCAUCUCCAGCCACGGCUCAGCCUCGCCCGGUCCGCCGCGCACCCCAAGGCCCCCAAGCACUUAUGCCCCUCCCGUGCAAGAAGGCCGAGGGGCUGCAGUACAACGGCUUUAAAUGUCCAGAGUGCCAAUCGCAAUUCUCCAGCAAGGCCGAGCUGGUCACCCACUUCCAGCAGAUCAGAGCUGCUCCAAACUCCACAUGCACACAAUGCUCACCUCCCAUGAUGCUGCCCAACUCGUGCGCCGUGUCGGCCCACCAGAGAGUCCACAAGCACAGGGCGCCCCAUGUGUGUCCCGAGUGUGGGGGGACUGCAAAGCAGGCCAGCUUCCAGACCCACCUGGAGGAGGCAUGUCUGCACUUUGCGCGGCGCAUUGGAUACAGGUGCUCCAGCUGCCAGGUCGUGUUUGGGGGGUUGAACUCCAUCAAGUCGCACAUUCAGACGGCUCACUGCGAGGUCUUCCACAAGUGCCCCAGCUGCCCCAUGGCCUUCAAGUCUUCCCCCAGCGCCCAGAGCCACAUCAGCACCCAGCACCCGACACUCACUGGAGGGCAGGCCAAAAUGAUCUACAAGUGUGUGAUGUGUGAUACGGUUUUUACCCAAAAGCCCUUGCUGUACAUGCACUUUGACACUCAUUUAGCAAAGCAAAAAGUGCACGUGUUCAAGUGUCCUGACUGCACCAAGCUCUACGCCCAGAAAGGAUCAAUGAUGGAGCAUAUUAAGACGGCUCACAGAGGACCGUCAGCCAAACAGACGGAGGCUCCGCCCGAUGCCUCCAACCCCGCCUCGGCGCCAACCAACACGUCGGGCCCCUCCGGCCCCAAAUCCAAACCCUCUGGGAAACCUGACAACUCCGACGGGGAGGACUGGGGGCGGGAACGGGAGGAGGAGGACGAGGAGGAGGACGAAGACGAGGACGAUGCCGACGGGGACUACGGGGCUCCGGGGGGUCACUCGGCCACGGGCGGCAGCAGUCAACCCCCCGCGCAGACGGAGUGGACCUGUCCACAGUGUCAGUCCACCUUCACCGACAACGAAGACUAUCUAAGUCACGUGAGGACGGAGCACGGCAAGUUUCCUUGCCGUAUUUGUGGAGGCACGUUCAGCACGUCUUCCAGCCUGAGACGUCACGAGCGCGUCAUUCACGAGGGCAACAAAAGAGUCUUCCAUUGCCAAUAUUGCACUGAAGGAAAACGCACCUUUGGAAGUCGGUUCUUACUGGACAAGCAUAUUCGGCUCCAUCACAGAACCACCGACGGACAGGAAAGACCCAUGACCAGGAAGCGAGCGGCCACAGGGGGAGAAGGACCAGGCAGCUCCUCAGAACAGGACGGCGAGGGCGGCCCUCCCGGGGCCAAGGCGGGAGACGAGGAAGAGAAUGCCACCGAAGAGGGCGAGGAAGGCGCCCCGGGCCCCGCAAAGAGAACCAGGGGGUCGGCUGCGACCGCACCCAACGAGCCGGAGGAGGAAGACAACAUUUUCCGUUGCGUCCCCUGCGGCUUCUCCACCGAGGACGGGGCCGAGUUCCAGCGGCACAUCCCCCAGCACCGGGCCGACACCGCCUCCUUCCAGUGCCUGCAGUGCGGCGUCUGCUUCGCGUCAGCCGGCUCCCUCAGCAGGCACCGGUUCAUCACCCACCGCGUGCGGGACACCCACGGCGAGGCGGACCGCGGCCCAACGCGCGGCGGUGGCUCCCCCGGCGGGUCACCCAACGGCUCCCCUCAGGCGCUGGGCGAGGACGGGGACGGGAAUCUGAUCUGCAAGGUGUGCGGCCGGCGUUUCGACAAGGCCUCGGACCUCAACACCCACUUCAGGACCCACGGCAUGGCCUUCCUCACCGCACACAAGACGGACAAGCCCCAGUAGGGAGGGGGCGGGGUCAUCCGAGACGGACACUGACCCCCAGCGAGGAGGUGGGGUGGGAGAAUAUGAAUGUCGAUCCUGAGAUGAAACUUCCUGCGCAGUUUUUUUUCUUUUUUAGCCACCAUAAACGUCCUUUUCGCUAAUCUACAGCACCUGUUCCGUGCGAUUGUAACUGCAUGUUUGAUCAAGCUUGCUGGUCACUUAACUGAACUGUGACUCUCGGACAGCCCCCCCACCCCCACCCCACCGAGUAAAGCAUUUAUAUAUCAGCCGUACCAGGUUCGAUACGUCUCGUCCUCCCAUCUCGAUCACUCUGCACUGACUGUAGACACCGGUUUGAUUUUUCCCCGGAACGCACUUAAAUACGUACAUCUCGCACUGUAGUGCCGAUAUUUUUGUACCUGACCCAUCGUUUGUGGUAUUCACACUCAUUCGCUCAAGUCCGUGGUCAUUUCCUCCGGCGUGAGAUGGGUUUUAACAGCUCCGACAACUUUUAAAACUGAUCUCAAGACCUCUGACGCGGAGGUUUGGGACAAUCUAACACUGAUUUUUAUGUUGCUAGAAUAUUUAUUUAUUACGAAACACAUGACUGCUGUUGGUAUUUGUGUGAGUCGGUUGCAUCCAUGAGACGUGAGAUGGGUCUCUGAUGGCAUUUGGAGACGAGGUUACUGGAGAUCCGUAACCGGUGUAGUGUGAACAGUGUGUGUUGUUAAUCGUUAAGCUAGAAGAAGAGAGGCCAGGCUUCCUGCCAGUAGUAUGUGUAUGUUUUGCCAUGUAAAUACAUAUUACACUAAAAGAAAGCCUUCUGGUUUUAGUAACUUGCUAUGAUAAUGUGAAUACGUAUAGUAUUUGUACUUGUACUGUUCCUUUUUUUUUUUUUUUUUCUCCAAACGAUUUAAAAGAAGUCCCUCCCAGAGGUAGCUAUACGUUGUAAUUACAAAGCAGAGGGAGAUACGGGAGGUUGUGUUGUCUUAAUGUUGUCUUACAAACAUUUAUCUCUUUGAGACGGUUAUUAUUUUUUUUUAUCUACAGAUUCAGUGCUUGCUGUACUCACGUUUCUUUUGUACGUUUCCAAAACAUUCUUCAUGGUCACAUGAUGGAGGCCUAAGAGUGGAUUUAUUUGUUUGUAUCUUUUAUAUGUCAUUGUAUCAUAUUUAUAGAGUUCAAUAGUGGAAAUUUCAUGUCAUUUUCUUUCCAUGGUUGUGGUCUGCUUGCUUAAAUGCCAUACACUUUUGUGCUGUUUUCAAAAUAAAUGUGUAAAAGAGAA